AUUACUACCGAUGACAGAUAACAGUAUGGAAACGCCGAGGUGUAAAAGCUCUGUGACUGACAACGGAGAGAACGAAUCUGAGAUAAUGGCAGAUGGCGUGGAUGAGUUAAGGCAUAGAGCGUUGGAGUGUUUCUUGCCCACAAUGAGUGGCAGUGAGGACAGAGAUGAAAGGAGUAAUGAAGAAAAUGGGACAUUGGUAAGCAGGGAAGUGACACGAGGUCAGCCUCGGGUCAAGAAAAACAAACCCAUUACACAUCCUAUAGCGCCUGCCGUUCACGACCCAGACAAAGAUGUCAAUGAAAGAGAGAACAUGGUGAGUGAUAUCGACAAAGAAGCUUGGAAAAAGGAGUACUGUGAACACGAAGGUACUUCAGCAGAAGACAAGUCCAUUCGAGAGUCAAAGUGUCAUGGUCAUGAAGGUGAGGAAACCGAUACUUCACUUAGUGUUAGUACGACCACGCUGGACCUUACGGAACCUGUUACUAAGGUCGAGUACGAGGAGUUAUUGAAUAAUGUAGAGAAUUAUAUCGAGGAAAAAGUUUUCGUUGGAGAAAGGAGCUUGUCAAGUAAUUUUAAUUCAUAUCUCAUGAAGACAGUUUCGCCAGAGGACGAAGAAACAAAGAAGAAUAAAGAGGCAGUUAGUGUUAAUCCCUUACAGGGAUAUUACAAAAGGAACACGAGAAGUCCAAGACGACGCAAUGUCAUAAGGAGAGAUGGAGAUGAAAACUUUUCCAGUUCAAAAGAAAAUGAACGAGGAGGGAGUUCAUCAGCAUCAACAGAAGUAGCAGAAAGCAACCCUAUUCGCACUGUUCAAAAUGUGAUGAGAAGUAACGAGAGUGAAAAAUUUUCACUCAUUAGUAAGGCAUUUUUAGAGGACAGAGACUCAGAGACAAGUUUAUGUGAGACAUCCUAUUUAACCAAUUUAUUACAGAGACAUGAUGAUGAUUGUGACGAGGAUAGCAUACGUGAGAGUCAUCAUCGCGGCUCAGAAGCACAUGUGACGAGUCAUGCUAAGCACAUCUCCGACGCCAUUGGACAUUCUGACGGAGGUCCCCAGCCUGAAGUCUUACCAGUGGCCAGGUCCAGUGCUUCCUCUGAUGAUUCCCCGCGGGGCAGGAGAGAAGACAGAGAGGUUGCAGCUGUGGCAGCCACUUCGCCGUCUUCAGAUUCAGGUGUUGUAGAAAUGAUAGGAAAAAUUGCGCAGUCUCCUUCAGAAGUAUCAGCAGAGAGUGUGGGUGAUGAUGGUCGAGGUCCUCGUAACCCUCACUCCCAUGAGUCAUCCCAGAGCGAGGAGUCCGCUGGCAAUAUUCCCUGUCGGAGACCUGCUAGCAAACAAGCUAAAGAGCGUGCCAAUCGCAUUGCCAGUGGACGUCGCUCUUCUUCAGGCUGCGGUCGAGCAUCGAAAGAAGAGAGUGAGGCUGUAAUAGCCCGAGGGUGGGCAAGUUUUCAGGAUCUUUGUUACGGACUUGAUGGCGACGAGUCUAACCCUCGAAGGCGACAUUGGGAAGCAUCUCAAAGAAAUGAGUUCCAGGAUCUUCCUCCCCAGAGAGAAAAUGACCCGGUUUCUAUAAGUCGACAUCGUGUACAGGAGUACGUGGACAAUCUGCAUCAUCAUCAUCAGCAUUCAGAUGACGGAUCUCUUCAGGGUACUACUGGCAGUCCCCCGAGGUCUAUUGAUGACUUACUGAUGGACAACCAGAGUGAUUAUGAAGCUUCAGAUUCGUGCGAGGUCAGUUACUCUGAAAGAUUACUGAAGGCUUUAGAAGCCAGAAGGAGUCGCCGUAAUCGACCUCGUUCUUCUAAUAUAGAUGUUGAGGACACCCCUGGUAGGUAUCGACCAUCAACGCUCAGUGCUCUAGACGUGUUCUUAGCCACACUAUCCCGAUAUCGAGGACACCAGCUGAAGGGAGGGGAGCCGAGCAGAGACACCACACCACCGCCGCUUACUCCUACUGCCGACGACAAUGUGACAGUUCAGGUGCGGGCAGGACCACGUCAGCACGACGUGAGGAUCAGCUCCCGACGGCAGGUGCACCUCGUGGUAAAUGUCGGCAACCCUGCGGCCUCAUCCGACUCCGGUUGUGCACCAGAUGCCUCCCAGUCUGAGUGCAUGGGGAGACGGACGGCUCCAACGGUUGGACGACGCCGUGGGAAACGACAAGGACUAGAGGAGGAGGGUCCUCCAGCCCCCAGCAAGGCAGCUGCCGCCGUUACCUCAGAGGUGGACCAGCUACUCACUGACGUCCGCGAGUACCUCAACAAGAAGCUCAAAAGAUCGGCCAGUGUGAAUACAGCAGAGGAGAGGGGACGAGGUGACACCAUCGUCGUGGAAGGAAGCAACAUAGAGAAAUGCUUCACUGAGCGGCCGGCUGGAGGACGCACCAGACUCUAUCCUAAGGAGAGAGUGAGGCAGGAGGAGCGCCGCAGUCGUGCCCCGUCAGACCCAGCGCAAAAAGAACAACAGAGGAUCCACAACUCCAUCAACGCCAUCAACGCCCUCCUCAAGCAGUUUUCCUGAACACCACCACCUCAUGAUACGUCUUAACAAGCCUUAUGUACCUUAAAUUCAACUGCCCAUAAGAGAACCCUACAGACAAUAUCAACAGCAAUUGAAAAAUAUUCUCGUUUAUUCAAUUCAAUUCAAUUUCAAUAUUUAUUCCUUGAUAGAGGAAGCGGGAUCCUAGAGCUGUCACUAGGCUCGUUUAUUGUCAUAUGAGUAACUCUACCAAAUUAAUAGCGUGUUACACAUGAAGUCAGGUGUAAACUGGCAACGUUGUCAGCAACAGGCGAGCCGAUGCCAAAAGUGGUGACAAAAGUGAAGAGUGUUAAGAAUAUUAAACUUUCAGUGCUUCCUCAAGUCUUCUCAGAGAGAAGAUGCAUAAAUGAACUCCCUGUGGGAGUGUUGGGCGUGGAAAGGUCCGGCUCUCGUCGGCUCCUUCACUCGCCCUUCCUCACUCUUGCCUCAUUACGUAGAUAUUGACACCGUCCAAAAACUUUUAAAUUUAGUAUUGUAGUUUUCUAACUCUGAAGUUUGAGUGCGUCGACUGUAGGAAUAUAAAAACUCUCACUCCCCUUAAAUGAUCCCUGUACAGGAUAAUAUUACUCGAGAUCCACAAGAUCACUCUACGUUCAUUAGUGUUUUACUAAACCGAAGGACCAAACAUUAGAUAAGAACGAGGGUGAGGUAAUGUGUUAAUGAGAGACUUGUGUGCAUGGGUGAGAUGUGAACACCUAUAGAGGUCAUACACCUUGUAGUUAACGGAGAGUCUGCUAGUUAGACUUUACGAUGACCAAAACUAGCUUUAGAUAAGUAAAUAGCAUAGCUUCGAUAAACAGACAUAAUAAAAGACUUUACAGCAUGUUCUUAAUAUUAUCAUAUAUGAUAAUAUCGUAUGGGUAUUUGUAUUAAGAGCACGUUGUUGUACGGAAAUACUAUAAAUACUUGAGAUUCCAGCGAUUGUGAGGGAGGUAAAGGUGUGUGUGUGAAGUGUUGGAGGGGGAGGUAAGGGUGUGUGUAUGAAGUGUUGGAGGGGGAGGUAAGGGUGUGUAUGAACUGUUGGAGGGGAGUUAAGGGUGUGUAUGAACUGUUGAAGGGGGAGGUAAGGGUGUGUGUAUGAACUGUUGGAGGGGAGUUAAGGGUGUGUAUGAACUGUU